AUGGUUUUUGUCAAGAUUUUAUUUUGUCUGCUUCUUUGCAGCUUAAGUUUUCAAACAGCAAGCGGUGAAAAAAACACUCCCGAUACUUCGACAUCAAGCAAGUGCCACAACGUUCACUUCAACAAUUAUUAUUCUGGACCAGCAAAUAACGACAUAAAGGUACAUCUUCUCAAAAUAGAGAAUCAACUCGCAGAUUUAGAGAAGAAAAUCGAUGCUUUGACAGAGAACAAAACAACUCUGCCAGGUGAGUUUCUGUCAAUUUCGUAUGUACGUCUUACGACUCAUCUAUGCUGAAAUAUAUCAUACUAGCCAUAAUUGUUCGAUUUCUCUCGGCAGCUAUGAAAAACUGUGAGAAUCAACUCGCAGAUUUAGAGAAGAAAAUCGAUGCUUUGACAGAGAACAAAACAACUCUGCCAGGUGAGUUUCUGUCAAUUUCGUAUGUACGUCUUACGACUCAUCUAUGCUGAAAUAUAUCAUACUAGCCAUAAUUGUUCGAUUUCUCUCGGCAGCUAUGAAAAACUGUGAGAAUCAACUCGCAGAUUUAGAGAAGAAAAUCGAUGCUUUGACAGAGAACAAAACAACUCUGCCAGGUGAGUUUCUGUCAAUUUCGUAUGUACGUCUUACGACUCAUCUAUGCUGAAAUAUAUCAUACUAGCUAUAAUUGUUCGAUUUCUCUCGGCAGCUAUGAAAAACUGUGCUGAGCUGUACAAAUACGGCCAGAGAAUCACAGGAGUUCACACAAUCGACCCGGAUGGUUUAGGUGCGUUUGAGGUAUUUUGCGACCAAAAAUCUUCCAGGGGGGGCUGGACAGUGUUCCAGAAGAGAUUCGAUGGCUCCGUUGAUUUCGUUAAUCGCAGCUGGGUGGAUUACAAACGUGGAUUCGGAAACGUAAAUGGUGAGUUUUGGCUCGGACUGGACAAGAUACACCGCCUGACCAAAACAAAGAGUAGACUGCGAGUGGAGCUUGAAGACACACAAGGAAAUACAGCCUACGCUGAAUAUGAUAUGUUCUCUGUUUCCAACGAAAGAAACAAAUACAGACUUGGCCUUGGGAUAUAUACCGGUGAGUGCUUAUAAUCUGUGGAUUGGUCUGUUUUAGACAGAAUUGUUCUAAAAGACAACCGAAUUCGAGCGAUUCUGCAUGGGUCUACCUCAAUUCAUUUUACCCAUCAGAGACUGAUCAUGAAAAACGCCGCGAAAGAAUCAAUUUCUAUCCACUACAAUUUUUUACUUUUUGAUAAUUCCCAAAUUCCUUCCAGCAAGUUUUGAUCCUAUAGCCUCCCUUUGCUAAUUACAUGUGAUUCCGUCUCAUCCUAUCAUCAGAGAACGAAAAAUACUGAAAGGAUCAAUUUCUAUCCACUGCAAUUUCUAUAGCCUUCCUUUGCUAAUAAUAUGUGAUUCCGUCUCAGCUGGAACUGCUGGUGAUUCUUUGAGCUAUCAUCGAAACAUGGCAUUCUCCACUAAAGAUCGCGACAAUGACAAUGCUGACUCGUUCAACUGCGCCGCAUUCUAUAAAAGUGCUUGGUGGAACAACAGCUGUGUCCGUGCCAACUUGAACGGCAACUACCACGGUUCACACGUCAAGUCUCUCUAUCGUGGUAUCAACUGGAAUACAUGGAAGGGUCAUAGUUACUCCGCUAAGAGAGCUGAAAUGAAGAUCAGGCCCGUGGACUUUUAAGCUAGAAACAUACACAAACAAGGAAUACACUACAUGAGCUAUAGUUUAUCGGCUUCUCUACAUAGUUGAGAAACACGGAAUAAAAAGCAACGUAAUAUGCUUUAAUAUUUGAAUGGGUCUGACACAAAGUUAUGGGUUUAAUAAAAAAAAAAGAGAGAGAAAUACGUUUAGUUCAUUUUCGUGUAUCACUAUUUGUUUUGCGAUCGAAAGCUUGAAACUGACAAAAAUUUAUUUGCAACUUUAGCGAUAUCCAAUUAAAUGUCAGUAGUGAUCAUAUUUAUCUGGGAUUAAAUCGAUUUUGGCAGAAAUCUCUAUUUUCUGUGAUUGAUCUGGAACAAAGAGUUCUCGGCAGUUUUUCUUUUCUUACUUUUUUUUAAUGUUUAUAUCGUCCUUUUACUUUUGCUAUCUCGUCAGACAUGAAUUUUACCCCUGUAACUUAUCUGACGUGACCAAGGGAAAUGGUGAAUCCUUCACCACCGUCCCCCUCCCGAAAAGUUUUCAGUUUUACCUGAUAGAUCUUCAGUCAUAGAGUUGCCGGUGAUAUCCUUGAUCCCUGAUCCAAGCUCAGGAAAAAAAUAAUCUUUAAUUACCUUGCCCGAGUAGGACGAUAAUAGGCCUUUUCUUUCACGGCUCUGUUAAAUACAAGAAGACCCGAGGGAUUUUCUUGUAUGAUUUAUUAGAAUUUUGAAAGAAUCAGAGGAGCGAAAAAAAUAAUAAUGUUUUCAACGAAAAUACGGUACAUACAAAACCUCUGACUUGGGCUAUAUUACUUUAACUUGCGAGCGUAGCCCUGUUAAUUUGGACGGAGUUACGCAAAAUUAAUUGUAGCCCAGACAUAGUGAAGCGACUCAACCUAUUUAAUAAUAUGCCAGAAAUAAUCACUACUUCAGCCUGUUCUAUUGUACAAGCGGUAGAAAAUGUUGGUUUGAACUGCACGUGUUGUUGCAUUUGUGUAACUUGCGGCGUAGCAGACAUUUUUUACGCACACUACCAUUACGAACUCGCACCUAAAAUCGCUAAUUUAUUUCGCAACAAAUCCCCAAGGAAACUCCAACACCUCACGUAUGAAAAAUUCUAGCAAUAUUUCUGUCCUGUUGAGAAGAUCAGAACAGUUCAACUUAUAUUAGGUCUUACAGUGAAAAGGAAAUAUGACAAGAUACGAUCUUUAGAAUCUGGCAAGAGAAUACACAAGAGAAGAUAAUCUCUUGACACUAGAAAACUAAAAUAUUUCACGAGUUUUGUUUCUUUCGUCUUGAACAGGCAGUUUAGCUCUCUAAAAACCCCUCGUACUUCUUCAAGUGGUCUAUUAGUGACUCAUUAAGUCCUGUGUUCAACCUAAGCCGGCAUUAGGUAUGCCGCAAGCAUGAUGAAUGCAUAAGUCGAGAGGGAGCUGAAAGGAGGCUUGGUACCUCUCGUAAUGGUAUAAAAUAGUACUUGCCUUUUUUAAAACGCUUCACCUCCCUAUACAUUCUAGACCUUUCUUAAUUGUGCAUUCUUUUAUAGAAAACAUAUAAGUUACUCCAAACUAACGAGUAUUGUUAAAAAAGACAAAGUUGGUAUCUAGCAAGAAUUUUCAUUACGGGUGAUUUUUAACUUAUUUGAACUUGAAAAUAAAUGGAAAUAAUAUAGCAUAAGCUACUCAGUAAACAUUGUAAUAAGCCAGUUGAUCGUUUCUUAUUCUUUUUGACGGUCUUACCUUACAGAUGGAGUUUGGUUGCCUUUUCCUUACUAUGAUCGUGAAUUUGACAUGGAGACAAAUGUUUUUGCGUAAACUGCGGUUUGCGGCUAGAUAUCGGUUUAUUUCCAUUUUGUUACUAAAAGAUGAUUAAUUACUAAAAUGACUCUACCUUAUAAAAUUGAUCCCGUACAGGAAUUUCCUGAAAAUAACUCUCCUUUAUACUUUUACCCAUUUAAUACUCUCGUUUUUAGGCUAAAUCCAUGUCGAAUUCCCGAUCCGGAAUAUAGUUUUUAACUUUUAAUUUAGCACGUUCGACACCUCUUUUUCUUAGAGGUGACUUAAGGUGUAAACAGUAGUACUUUUCAUCUUCCACACAGAACUUGUAAUUAGAUAACUUAUGAGGCUAGCACGUAGCUCUUUUAGGGGCGUUACCUUAGGUACGCGCUUUCUUCUCCGAAUUUUGAGUUUAUUCUGCUGUUAUGCAACAGUCUUCAAGGACUAAUUUCUCUUAAGAUAUCUUUUCAAGUAUGAUUUUAAAUCUAUUAGUAAGUUUAUUAUAAUUUUUAUAUUGUCAAUUUUGUUUUUUUUUGGCCGAACUUGACCGUAAGUCCAAGAGAUUUAAAUUAGAAAGACAUUUUGUAAAGCGUAAACAUCGCAAAGGUAUCUACUUAGUAUGCGAACUCCGCUCUGCGUAGUUUGGGGUGAUUCGCUAGUUAAGUGUAGAAGCAUGGCGAAGGUUAGAGAUUGACAGCUCCGUAAGUGUCACCUUUACAAGCGGUGACCCACACUUUCCUAGAGAGAUCAGACCUAGUCCCCGUUGUAAUAACUUGCGUAAUAAAAGAGAGAAUAAAGAAACAGUUAACUGAACAACGAGUGUUAGGACAUCACUUCUAACAAGUUAGCGAGUAUUAUAGGUUCUAUAAGAAGAUAGACAAAUGGUGCGGAUUUUGUCGUAGGUUUUCAGACAAACAGACAAACAGAUGCUCUCGCUUCUCACAGUAGUCUUGUAACAGUUCAACUUCUUUUGCGAACAUGACAGCGUGACGUCGACAUCACCGCGCAUCAAACUGCAGUUAUUCACAAAUCUGAUGAAAAGGUAUAGAAGCAAAACAUUAAAGGAUCAAACAUUUUGAAGUGAGCGAAGUAUAAAACUAAUACUUUGAAUAAGUUCACUCAACCAGAAAUAAACCCACUUACCUUAAAUCCUUUAACCGGCCUGAGAGUGGCUAACAUCUAAUUAACUCUCCAUACAAUAUCACCCUGAAGCACACAAGGUCACAAGAUUGAAGGAAAUGAUCACCAACUAAAGAAGCUCUUGAUUGUGAGACAAAUUCUCCUUUUCAGCACUUUAAGCAAUGAACAGACCAAUAUGGAGAACAUGCAUAUUGAUGUUAGGGUAUAAAGCGUUCAGCUAAAGGGGAUGUGCUUGACUCCAGUAGUCGCCCAAGUUACGCGAAAAAUCUGCUUCCUUGUAAAAUGACGCAGUCACAAAAGCGUAUUAAUCAGAUUCUAAUCUUGGAGAAUUUGAUUUUAAGAUAGCAGCUGCGUAGUGAAUUGUUUUGUACAAUUUUAACUCCUUUUGCGAACAUGAGAUCAUAGAAUUGCCGCGUAUUAGAACUGAUUUCAUACACGAAAACUGGGGAAAUUUUGUAGUAGCAAAGCAUUUGAAGGAGCAAAUAUUUUGGAGUGAAUGAAACACAAAGCCAUCAUUCUUAUGUAAUUUUGCCCAACUGGAAUUAACCCACUAACCCUUAAGCAACAGCGGAUAUAGUUGACUAUCGCAGUCACCCAAACACAAAGUAUCUUGUUCCUUGUAAACCGACGUCGCCACAAAAGAAAGCGUAUAAAUCAGAUUAUCCGGUACUGGAGCGUAUGAUUUUACGAUAGCAGCUUCAGAGUGUACUUUCCUGGUCGAUAAUGAUUUUUGUCAAGAUUUCAUUUUGUCUGCUCUAUUGUAGCUUAAGUUUUCAAACAGGAAGGGGUCAAAGCAACACAGCGAAAAAUACUCCCGAUACUUCGACAUCAAGCAAGUGCCACAACGUUCACUUCAAAAAUUAUUAUUCUGGACCAACAAAUAAGAAAAUCAAGGUACAUCUUCUCAAAAUAGAGAAUCAACUCGCAGAAUUAGAGAAGAAAAUCGAUGCUUUGACGGAGAACAAAACAACUCCGCCAGGUGAGUUUCUGUUAAUUUUGCAUAUACGUCUUUCAACUCAUCCAUGCUGAAAUAUAUCAUUCUAACUAUAGUUGUUGAUGUCUCUCAAAAGCUAUGAAAAACUGUGCUGAGCUUUACGAAUACGGCAAAAGAAUCUCAGUUUUUACACAAUCGACCCCGAUGGUUUAG